AUGGUUGAUGUUUCCUCAGCGUCGGUAGAAGAGCACCAGCUGGGACCUCUGGAGGAUCUGUCUCUGUCCGAGGCUCAGGACGCUGCAGUGGUCCUCAGACUGGCCACUCUGCUCCCUGUGGACAUCAACAGAGACGAUCUGAGAACAACAGGGCUGCUUCCUCGGGCGCUGACACGAGAAGCCGCGGUCUUCAGUCCACUGAGCCGUGUUCUGGGCCUUCGGAAACACUUCAGGAAGAGAGCGGGCACCGACUGCUUUUGGAAAUAUUGUGUCUAA